AUGUCUAAUCGAAAUUUUGUAGACUUGAAACUGCACGAAAGCAGGAUCGAAGACUACGAAGGCUCCAAGGAAGCAGCAUCCAAGGAAACAAUGCACGAGAACGGCUAUGAAGAGAAUACGGCAGCAGAACGCAAGCUCGUCCACAAGAUCGACCUGUUUCUGCUACCAUUUAUCUGGGUUGUCUACCUCCUCUCCUAUAUGGAUCGAUCGAAUCUAGCAAACGCUCGAGUCGCUGGUAUGGGAACCGACCUAGAGAUUGAUGAUCGCCGUUACUAUCUCUGCGUUGUUGCAUUCCAGAUCGGCUACGUUAUCGCAGAGAUUCCUUGCAACAUGAUCCUGUCGAGAUCACGACCAUCGAUCUUCAUACCAGUCAUCAUGGUUUUGUGGGGAUCUGUUUGUGCAAUCAUGGCUUGUGCUCAGACCUGGCAACAGCUUGUCGGUCUCCGAUUUCUCCUGGAUGUUGCCGAGGCAGGAUUUAGUCCUGCAGUAAUGUUCAUAGUGUCUAGUUGGUACCGCAGAGGCGAACAGUCGAAACGUUUUCUCGCUUUCCACAGUGCAGGAAUUUUCUCUGGAGCUGUAGGCAGUAUCCUCGCUGGCUCAAUCACUGGAGGCCUAGAUGGUUCUCGUGGCAUCGAGGGCUGGCGUUGGUUAUAUAUCGUCGAAGGGGUCAUCACUGUCGCGGCAGCAUUCCCUGUACCAUUUAUUCUACUCGACUACCCCCUCACCUCGAAACGACUCUCUACGGAAGAGCGGACACUCGCCUACGAUCGACUUGCUGCGGACGGUAUCACCAGCCGGAACGACGACGAAUUCACGAUCAGUCACAAACAAGCGUUACAAAUUGCAUUUUCCAAUUGGAGGUUAUAUCCUUUAAUGAGCGGCUACAUGAUAAUCAUCGGGAAUAUGACACUGUCAAAUUUCUACCCUACAUUCGUCAUGUCUUUUGGUUAA